UGGAGCAGGCUCUGCUCCAUGUGGCCCAGCAGUGGCACCAGAGGAGCGGGCAGGAACUGAUGCCCGGGAAGUUCCACCUGGACAGGAGGAAAAACUUCCUUGGGGCAGCGCCCGAGCCCUGAACAGAGACCAGAGGGGGCGUGGAGUGUCCCUCCCUGGAUACUCCAGCACCGCCUGGACACGAUCCGGUGCCUCGUGCUCUGGGAUGGCGCCGGUGGAGCAGGGAGGUGGCACCAGGGAAGGCUCUGCGGGACCAGGGAAGGAGAAUUCCAGCAUGGAGGAUUCCCCCGAGGAGCCUCCCACCUCCUGCGUGCUCCUGGAGCGCUGCCACUUCUCCCAGGUGCUUUUCACCAACGUGGAGAAGUUCUACGUGCCCGGGACGGACGUGACCUGUCACUACAGCCUCAGCCCCGGCAUCGUCCCCCGCGGGAAGGACUGGGUGGGGAUCUUCCAGGUGGGCUGGAAAACGACCCGGGAAUAUUUCACCUUCCUGUGGGCUCCUGUGCCCGCUGCUGGCACCACAGAGCAGCAGAUCCACUUCAAAGCCUACUACCUGCCCAAGGACGAUGAGCAUUACCAGUUCUGCUACGUGGACCAGGACGGGGCGGUCAGGGGGGCCAGCGUCCCCUUCCAGUUCCGCCCGGAGGCUGACGAUGACAUCCUGGUGGUCACCACCCAGGGGGAGGUGGAAGAGGUCGAGCUGCAGAACCAGAAGCUGCGCGGGGAGAACGAGGAGCUGCGGGGGAGCUGCGCCGAGCUGCGCCAGAGGAACCUGCAGCUGCAGGGAGAGCUCCGAAGCGCCCGGGAGCUGCAGGAGGCUUUGGAAUCCCUGAGGAGCAGCACGGAGAGGCUGGAGCUGGAGCUGAAUUCCCUGAAAUCCGAAAACCGGGCCCUGAAGGAGCAGGGGGGCUGCAGGGAGGCGGAGCUGCAGCGGCUCAAGGAGCAGAUCCAGGGAGUGAAUUCCGACAAGGAGCGCCUGGAAGGGAGGCUGAGGGUAGCCCUGGAGCACUUGGAUCAGCUGCAGUCCAAAGUGUCGGAUUAUGAGAAAGAAGUGGAAAAUCUCUCUCGAGCGGAGCAGGACAAGACGAAGCAGCUGCAGAGUUUAAAGGGAGAGAAUCAGGAGCUGCUCCAAACCUCGGCUCAGCACCAGAAACAGACCCAGGAUGUGCUGGAGCAGCUGAGGGAGCAGCAGGGUCGGAUCCAGGCCCUGCAGGAGGAAAAAGCUGGAGCGAAGAAGGAAAACCAGGAUCUCCGGGAUGAGAACGAGGUGCUCCGGAGGGAGCUCUCCCGGCUCCAGAGGAUUUCUCCCGGCUCUGCUCCCUCGGCAGCUCCAAGCCCAGCUCCUGCAGAAGGAGAGCUCCUCUUUGGCAAUCCCUACUCUGCUGCAGGAGGAAAACUGGGGGCGGGAGCUGAGGUGAGUAAAGGAAUUCCAGGCAGGAAUUGGGGUCUGGGGACAGGAAUUGGGGUCUGGGAACAGGAAUUGGGGCUUUGGGGAUUUCUCCGGGAAUGGCUGGAGCCAGGCAAGAAGUCCAAGUUUCGCCUCUGUGAGCUCCUGCCAGGAUCUGCUGGAGCCGUGCCCCGGGAGGGGAGCAAGAACCGCUGCCGAUGGCUCCGUUCCUAA